GUGUAUAUUAGUGUAAACCAGUGUCAUGUGUAUAAUCUUAUUCAUAUUCAUGUUCUUCAGGGCAAAUGGACGAAUAAGGAGCGAGUGUUGGUGUUUUCUUCUCGUGGGAUCAGCUUCAGGACGAGGCACCUGAUGAUGGAUCUGCGGACCAUGAUGCCACACAGCAAAGCUGACACCAAGAUGGACAGAAAAGACAAGCUCUUUGUGGUGAACGAGGUGUGUGAAAUCAAAAACUGCAAUAAAUGCAUCUUCUUUGAAGCCAAGAAGAAACAGGAUCUUUAUAUGUGGAUCUCAAACGUCCCUCACGGACCGUCGGCCAAGUUCCUCGUACAGAACGUUCACACUCUGGCUGAGCUGAAAAUGACCGGAAACUGUCUGAAAGGCUCCAGACCGCUGCUGUCCUUCGACCCGAAAUUUGACAUGGAGCCGCAUUACGCGCUGCUGAAGGAGCUCUUCACUCAGAUCUUCUCGACGCCUCGGUAUCACCCGAAGAGUCAGCCGUUUGUGGAUCACGUUCUGAGCUUCACCAUCGCUGAGCACAGGAUCUGGUUCAGGAACUAUCAGAUCAUCGAAGAAGACGCGUCUCUGGUGGAGAUCGGCCCGCGGUUCGUCUUGAAUCUCAUCAAAGUCUUCCAGGGCAGCUUCGGCGGACCCACGCUGUACGAGAACCCUCACUUCCAGUCUCCUAACAUGCACCGGCGCGUGAUCCGGCAGGCCACAGCGGCCCGGCAGAAGCAGCGGCAGACGGUGAAGCAGAUCCUGAAGGAGAAGCGCUCGGAGGAGCAGCAGGUGCUGGCCAGAGACGUGACGGACGACGUGUUCUCCACUCCAGCCGAGCCCAGAGAUCCUGCGGUCCAGCUGCAGCCUCCAGAACCACAGAGAUCCAAGAAGAAGCUGCGCCUCACAGAGCUGAAGAAGAGGACGCAGAUGAAGCGCACGGGCCGGAGAUAACCUCGCUGUAGAGAUCUGAUCCCAGACCUGAGGUUCUGCUUCUGCUGCAGGGAGGGUUUCUCUUUUGGGACGUUCUAAAACACUUAACGUGGCUUAAUGCAUUAAAACUGUGCACGAUUAAUAAAGCAGAAACACAUUAUUAAUAAAGCAUAUAAUGUACAGACAAGCAGAUUAGAGCCAUAAUAUGAACGCAACGCUUUUAAUUACACAUUAAGCGCUUUCCUCACAUAGAAAACCGUCACAAGGAAAACGCUUUACGUGGCUUAAUGCGUUAAAACAGUGUUUUUUAAAAGACCAAACUCAGUAAACAUUACAACUCAUACUAUGUUCAGACAAACUUGAGUUUGGUCUUUUCAAAAACACUGUUUUAACGCAUUAAGCCACGUAAAGCGUUUUCCUUGUAACGGUUUUCUAUGUGAGGAAAGCGCUUAAUGUGUAAUUAAACGCGUUGCGUUCAUAUUAUGGCUCUAAUCUGCUUGUCUGUAAAUAGUACGAUUUAUUAGCAGUCUUUAUUGAGUUUAGUCAUUCAGAAAACGCUGUUUUAAUGCAUUAAGCCACGUUAAGUGUUUUAGAACUUGCCUCUUUUUGAGGAACAGCUCAGAAUCUGAUGAUUUACAUUCAUCUGUGUGUUUCUGCUGGUUUUGUAAACAGUGCAAUGUUAAUAAAACUUUUAAUUAAUGUUCAAAC